AUGUCAAAUACAGAAGCUAGCAAGUUAUACGAAACUAUAAUAGAGGAUGUGAUAUCCGAUUCGCGUCAGGAUUUUGAAAACAUGGGCAUUGAUGAAGCCACACUACAGGAAUUGCGCAAGAUAUGGUGCGAAAAAUUGUCGCAAUCCAAGGUCGGUAAAUUUUCGUGGGACGAGAAUGACGAAUAUGGUGAUGAAGAGCCUGCUUUGCUAAUAAGUAAUAACAACAAUGAUAGUAAUAAUAAUAAUGAUGAUGAUGCAAGCGAGGGUAUUAUAGUUAAAGAAGAGUCAACAUCGACAUCGCAGCUAGGAACGAUUGACAGCAAUGUGCAAAACGGUGACGUUGCAGCUUCUGAUGUGUUGAGUUAUAAUAAUGAUUUAGGUAUAGAAUUGCCAUCAAUCAAGAAGGAGCCUACUGAAGAUGCCUUAACGCUCCCGUCACUACCACAAACUGAUGGUACUUUUGAGAUGACAUUACAUGUAAAUAAUCCAAAACAAGUACUCAAGCAGCUACAAAAGAAGGCCACGACGAAAAAGGCCCAUCUGGAUUUUCACCAAGUUGAUGGGUCAUUAGAUGACGACGAUGACGAUGACGAUGACGAUGAUGAAGAUGGUGAUAUUUUCAAUGAUUCAGAUGAUAUAAACUCCGAUUUAGAUGAUGACUUAGAGAGCGAAAAAUCUGACGACGAAGAUGGUGAUCAAGAGGGACAAAUUAUGUUGUGCUUAUAUGACAAGGUGCAAAGGAUCAAAAAUAAAUGGAAAUCAAACUUGAAAGAAGGCAUUGCAAAUAUUGACGGCAAGGACUAUGUUUUUCACAAAGCUACAGGUGAAUGCGAGUGGUAA